GCGACAAUGGGAAUGACGACAUGACCUUCCUUUCUUUGCUCAAGAAUACCUUAUCUAUUGACACCAUUAGUGGGACUGUCUGUCUUUCAACUCUUUCAUUGCCAAAAUCACAGCCUGUGCAAUAUGCCACCUCGAAAACGACCUGUAGAGGAAAUCACCAGCAGCCGGCGAAGCUCAAGGAGAAUCUCCACCACUAAAAGUCAAUACUUCGAAGGCAGUGAGGAUACAGAAGAGAGUGAUGCGCCACCACCAAAGAAACGUGGAAGACCUCCAAAGAAGCCGCCUAAAAAAGAAGAAUCCGAGGAACCCUACGAAGAUGAGCUAGCUCAGGAGCCAGAAGAAGAGGAGGAGGAGGAGGAGGAUGAUGAUGAUGACGAAGAUGAUGAUGAGGAUGCGCCCCCUAAAGUUACCAUCAUUCCAUUGGAGAAGUUGAGAGACACAGAUGGUGUAGAAUAUGAAGAUUUCAAAUUGCACAAGAAUACCUUGUUGUUCUUGCGAGACCUCAAAGCCCAUAACCAGAGACCUUGGCUGAAGUCGCAUGACGGAGAAUACCGUCGCGCUUUGAAGGAUUGGAACUCCUUUGUUGAGUGCGCAUCCGAAACCGUUAUAACAGCUGAUGAAACGAUCCCCGAGCUUCCCAUCAAAGACGUCAUUUUUCGAAUCCAUAGAGACAUUCGCUUCAGUAAAGACCCUACACCAUACAAGCCUCACUUCUCCGCUGCUUGGUCUCGAACUGGUCGCAAAGGCCCGUACGCCUGUUACUAUAUUCACUGCGAGCCUAAAAGGUCUUUCAUCGGUGGUGGGUUAUGGUGUCCCAGCGGCGACCAAAUGCAGAAACUCCGCGCAAGCAUUGACGAACGACCAAAUCGAUGGCGCCGCGCACUCAAUGACGAGGCAUUCAAGCGCAUAUUCUUACCAAAAGCUGCCAACAAAUCUGAUCCCAACGCGGCGCUCCUUGCUUUUGCAGAAAAGAACAAAGAGAAUGCGCUUAAAACUAAGCCAAAAGGUUUCACGGCAGAACAUCGUGAUAUUGCGCUACUCAAGUUGAGGAACUUUACUGUUGGAACACAGAUAGACGACAAUAUCUUCUGCCGGGAUGAUGCGCAAGAAAAGAUCAGCGAGAUUAUACGUCCCAUGGUUGGAUAUGUUUCAUUUUUGAAUAGCAUUGUUAUGCCGGAUCCUGGCCAAGAUGAUGAUAGCGAUGAAGAGGAAGAUGAAGGAGAAGAAGAAUCUAACGAUGACGAAGACAGCAGCGAGGACUAGUGAAAACUCAUGGCUAUGGUACACCCAUUCGAUAAAAUCUAUGUUUAGGGAUGAUGCAAGCGGAUCUAACUGCCUAUUUAUAUAAUCAUAUGCUGUAUCAUUGUAUCUAACACAAAUCAAACAUAGCAACGCUAGGGUCGUGAUCGCUGACCUCACCAGCCGUAUUCUGCC